AGCGCAAAAAUAACAACACAAGUGGCCGAUUAAACGAUAGUUCGCGAUUGUUGGCGCAGUGUAAACAAGUGACGGAGGUGUUGAUGUCGAUUAAAGUGCAAAAAAAAUGCAAAAAAUCGCAAUUAAGUGUCAAUGAAUGGAUGCCAUAAAAAUUUAUAAUCAAAAGAUUGUCCCCCAAAGUAGUUCCAAGUCUAAAGUACGUGCGAAGAAUCGUCGAUAAGUGAUAUCAUCAUUGAAGAACUCUCGAUUUGUGUCACACGAAACGUUUAUAUCUAUAACCAUUGCUGAAAAGAAGAAGAAAAGUAACCACCUGUAGUAUUCAUAUACGAAAAAAAAAAUAUUUAUAUAAGGAUCUUUAUAUACAAUAAGCAACUUAAAUAAGGCCAAUAAGGGAGAAAUUUCGACAUGUCAAACAUAUUAGCAACAAUAAAAAAGUCAACAAUUUGCCACUUGACUUUAGCAAUUUCGUACUUCACGUCAGGACUGAUAAUAAAUGUGGCACAAUGCAUUCUCUUUAUCUGCGUCAAGCCAUUUAACGUAAAAUUGUACAGAUAUUUGAUGUAUUAUCUCUGCUAUUCCUUUUACUGUCAGUUGGUAUUUAUCGCUGAUUGGUGGGCCGGAUGUAAAAUUAAGAUUUAUAUAAGCAAAGAGGAUUUGGCGACGUGCGGCAAAGAACACGGUCUCCUCCUCAUGAACCAUUUCUACGAAGUCGAUUGGCUCCUUGGAUGGGUCUUUUGUGAUAAAAUUGGCGUUUUAGGGAAUUGCAAGGCGUACGCGAAGAAAGCCAUCCAGUACAUUCCCACGAUUGGAUGGGCAUGGAAAUUCGCGGAAUUUGUCUUUUUGGAACGGAAUUUGCAGAAAGAUCGCGAAAUUAUCGGAAAACAAAUCCGAAAAAUUUUGGCGUAUCCACAUGCGGUCUGGCUUUUGCUAAAUGCUGAGGGAACUCGUUUCACUAAAACCAAACACGAAGCAUCCGUUAAAUUCGCCGAGGAACGUGGAAUGACUCCUUUGCAGUAUCAUUUGAUCCCGAGAACGAAGGGAUUUACCGUGAGUCUCCCAUAUUUGAAGGAAAAUUGUCCAAAUGUGUACGAUAUUAACCUCGCUAUCACCGAUGAUCAAGUUGAAAAAGCGACAAUUUCGAAUCUUUUGAAGGGAGAAGGUGUCGAAGCUCACAUGUACGUUCAACGUUACGACACAAAAUCCAUCCCCGAUGGCGAAGAAGCAGCUGCGGAAUGGUUGCAGGAGCUUUUCCGUCACAAAGAUCGCAUGCAACAGAAUUUCCACAAACAUGGAAGCUUCUUCCAUGGCUUAGAUAUCGCACCAAUUGAGCCUAUUACCUUCGAGCCACGUCUCGCAUGUCUUUUGAACACCGCUGGAUGGACCUUGACGACACUUUCCGUCAUGUUGUACUACUUAGGACUCUUGUUGCUGAGUGGGCGCUUGAUACCAUUCUCCAUUGGUAUCGGACUGCUUGGUCUUUUCUACUGGUUGCUAAACAAGUCAAUCUCCUACUCAAAAAUCGAAAAAGGCUCAUCGUAUGGCAGCAAAGUAUCCACUCCCAUCAACGGCAACAGUCGCCACGAGAAAAACCACAACAACGGAAAUUACGUGAAAAAGGACGAUUAAUAUUAUCUGCAACAACAAGCAAAAAUUAUCAUUGAUGACGUAACUCUGUCCCACAGAAAAUCACACAAAAAUCGACAAAAACUUGUAAAUGUGUGUCCAAGUACAAACAAUAAUAAUUAUUAUUACAUUUGAAAAAAAAAUCGGAAAAAAUCGUAGAAAUCGAACAAAAAAAUUAGGAACAAUAUUUUUGCAACAAAAACACUCGUAGACGAUAAUUUAGAAAUUUCUUUUGUAGCUUGUAAGUUUUCUUAUUAAAUUUUUUCCUGUCUUUGUCUCAAAAAAAUUUUUUAAUAAUUUUUUUUUUCGUACUAAAAAUUGCCAAAAAAUGCAGAAUAAUUUUUUUUUUUCGAAAAACCGCCUAAAAAUGUAAAUAUAAGCCGAUCUCGAUCAGAUACGACGCCAAAUUUUCAGAAACUAAAUAAAAAAAAUAUAUUUUAAGAGCAACUCUUCACUAUAUCCUACCGUGGCUAUACUUGUUGUAACUACUUAUUAUAUUCUUUAUACUCUAUUUAAAAAAUAUAUAUAAAAUGUUGUUUCUAAGAUGAUGAAAAAAAUAAUUAGGAAAACAAAUUUCACUGUUUUUUGAUAAGAAAAAAAAAUAAACGAAAAAAAAAUUUUAUGAGCCGUUGUCAUUGCAAUAAAAAAAAACACAAAAAGUUAGUUAUUAGUUGUCUGUUUUUAAUAAAAGCGCAAAUUUUUAUCAUUAUAUUAUUAUUGUAUGUUAUAAACUUCAAAAUAUUAUAAAAAGGCCCUAUUUUAAACAUACUCAUAAUGUUUAACUGAAAAAAAAUACUGUUAAAGCUGUGAAUUUUUUACACUUUUAUAUGCU